GAAAGUUUAUGACGUCAUUACAGUUCAUAAGCAGACUAUAGAGAAUCAUACAUCAUGGUGCGGUCCGAACCUGCGAUGACCGACGAGGAUGGUAAUUUUUUGAAAAGCUUGUCUGCAUUACGUCUAGUCAAAGAAAGUGUUGAACCAUUAGUUAAAAAAGGUUCACUUCAGUAUACGGAAGAAAUAAUUAAUCAGGCAAGACAGGAAGCUGGGCUAUAUGGAAAAGACAUUUGUGGACAUUGUACAACUCAUAAUGCUGUACCAUGUAAACCUGGAAAUGGACUUUGUCAUUAUGACAAAGACGGGAAUUGUCGAUUCCAUGAUACAAGUGAUCCUCUGAAGGCAUUUAAAAUUUGCCCAAAGGGUAUCUGCAACCGGAUUGUCCGAAUAAUAAAAUCACGACAUAGGUUUCAUUCACCUACUUUCAAAAACACUGAUGCAAGAAGGUGGUUUCAAAACCCAUUUGAAAUUAUGAAAUGCUUUAUCCCGACUGAUGGUUAUCAAGCCAUCGAAACAGUUGAAAAAACAGAUCUUGUAGGAUUGUUAUCAGUGAUAAUUAACUGCAAAUCCUUCCAGUCUCUAGUAGCAGCAGACCUAGGAGCUCAACAUAACAUUUUUGAUAAGAUGAGAGAAAUCAGAAACAAGACGUUUCAUUCUGCGGAUUACAAUAUUACAGACAGAGACUUGCAGGAGCACAUGAAGCUUAUGCUAUCUAUCUUAAAUGAUGCAAUGUUUCUAGCACAUGAUAAAGAUGCACAGACUGCAGCUGAAAAGAUACAAGAAAUUGCUGACAGUUCUGUACACGUAUACUGUGGUGAAGAAGUGCAAGAUCCAGAUCUAAAUCCUGAAUCUGACUUCAGCUGGGGAAAGACUAUCAGAGAGAAUGCUAGAGAGCCUGUGAGAGAUACCGUCUACAUGGUACACCCGCCAGGAGGCAUGCUGGAGGUCAGUAAAGGGUCACAACACCAGCUCAGCCUCGGUUGUUUGGUCGUUCAGGCACGUCGUGCAAGGUUUUCAGCAACAUGGCCCGUUUGA